UGAGAGUCAGAGACGAGAGAAUGCCUGAAGAAGCAGAGCGAGAGAAGCUGACCCGAGUCAUCCGCCUGUGGAACCACAACAGACUGGACCUGUUUGAGAUCAGCUGCCCGGACCAGGACCUGGUGUUCCAUGGCGUGAUGCGCUUCUACUUGGAGGACGGCGGAGGAAACGUGGCCACCAAGUGCGUGCGCUUCAGCAGCAGGUCGUCCACCCGGGAAGUAAUCCAGACUCUGGCGGAGAAAUUCCGGCCGGACAUGAAGAUGCUGAGCGCGUCCUACUCCCUGUUCGAGCUCCACCAAAACACAGAGCGCAAGCUGGAGCUGGAGGAGAAGCCUCUGGUGGUGCAGCUGAACUGGAACUCGGACAACAGAGAAGGACGCUUUGUGAUGAAGAAAGAUCAGGACACUGAGAAGGUGAGUCAGGAGAAGGUCAGCAUCUUCCAGAACUUCAAGAGGACUCUGUCAAAGAAAGAGAAGAAGGAUAAGAAGAAAAGCAGUGAAGAAGAGAAAGAAAGCUGGUCACGAGUCACGAGUCACCAGGACGGAGAGUCAGCGAGGACUGGAGCAUCUCACCACUGUUGGGGUGACACACAGGAGAACCCUGUUUCCUCAGACCAACCUGAACUGCCUCUCCAGAUCGGGUUCAGUGAGAACUCAGAGGAAGCCUUCCUGUCUGCAGUCAUCAACUACACCAACAGCUCCACGGUCCACUUCAAACUGGCUCCUGCCUACGUCCUCUACGCUGCCGGACGCCAGGCUCUGAGCCGAGCCUCCGCCGGCCCCGGAGUGACGUCACUCGUGGACAAGAUGGCUGCCAUGAUGGGGAGAGUGAUUCAGAGGCAGCAGUCGAUGGCAGGAGCUCUGGCCUUCUGGUUGGCCAACACGUCUGAGCUGCUCAACUUCCUGAAGCACGACACUCACCUGAGCAGGUGGACUCAGCAGAGUCAGUUGGAUCUGUCACGCUCUGUGCACAAAGCCUACAGAGGGCUGAUCCACUGUCUGCAGAAUGAGCUUGGAAAGCACCUCCCAACCUUCCUGGUGGACCCUGAGCAGCAUGGUGCUCUGCCAGCUGGCAUCGAGCUGGUCCUGAACACCCUGAUGAACGGCAUGUCUCUGCUGCGCCGCUGCCGGGUCAACCCUGCCCUCACCAUCCAGCUCUUCUCCCAGCUCUUCCACUUCAUCAGCGCCUGGCUCUUCAACCACCUCAUGAGGUCAGAGGUCGAGACGCUGGGCCUGCGCUCGCACUAUUGGGGGGCAGCCUUGCGCCAGAGGCUGACCGCCAUCGAGGCCUGGGCCGAGAGGCAGGGUCUGGAACUGGCAGCAGACUGUCACCUGGGACUCAUCGUCCAGGCAACCACGCUGCUGACGAUGAACAAGUACUCCGUGGAAGACGUGAAGGACGCCCAGAGAAGCUGCUUCAGGCUCAACUCCCUGCAGCUGCACGCGUUGCUGGCUGGAUACUCGUACGCCAGCCGCGAGCCUCUCAUCCCCCCUGAUGUGAUCGCCUUGGUGGCUUCGGCCGCAGAGACGUCUGCUGAUCACCUGAUCCGCAGUGAAGGACGGGCCGUCCAGCUGGAGGAGAGUCUCGACCUUCACCUGCCCUUCCUGCUGCCGGAGGGGGGCUACUCCUGUGACACCAUCCGAGGGAUCCCAGCCGGCCUGAGAGAGUUCCUGUGGCCCAUCAGUCAGAGAGGUCUCUGCUCUCUCGCAUCCCGACCUGGCUCUGUAGGAGACUGGACCGUGUUCUUCACUGACCCCUCCUGCUCUCCAGAGACUCCAUCGUCACCAGCAAGAGAACCGGAGGUGGUGACCAUCACACUCAGGAAGCCUCUCAACAGCAGCAUGGGAGUGAGCAUCGUGGCGGCCAAGGCAGCUGGACACGAGAAGCUCGGCAUCUACAUCAAAUCCAUCGUGAGAGGAGGACCAGCGGAGAUGAAUGGAGGGUUGGCAGCUGGAGAUCAGCUGAUCAGCGUGGAUGGUCAGAGCCUGGUGGAUGUGAGCCAGGAGAGAGCUGCGGCCAUCUUGAUGCAGAGUGGCUCCAUGGUGACUCUGCGAGUCGCUAAAUCUGGAGCCAGUUUUUACGGUCUGGUGGAUCUACUGAGAGAAUCCAACCCAGCAAGGACUGCAGCAUCCAGCCACCUCCAGAGAAGCAGCGAGACACCCAGACAGCAGCUGAUGCUGAGAGACCGGCAGUUCUACCGCUCCAACCCCAACAUGCUCAGUUCACCCACGGAGGACGAGGACCCCGCAACUGACCCCUGUCUGAGGAGGACUGCUGCUGUCUCCACUGUCAACCUGUGCACCAAUACGGCGCCACGAGAAUUCUUCACUCUGCCGACCCUCAAGACUCAGGACAAGCACACCUCUGAGCACAGGAGGUCACUGCGGGCGUUUCAGGUUUGCUUGGAAGAAGUGAGCAGCAACAAGAAGACGACGUUCAUGCGCCAGGCUCUGUCCCAGGAGAACCUGUGCGUGGAUAUGGGGCGCCCACUGCUGGACAAAGACCAGAGUACAAGGCAGGAGCACAGAAGACGCCCGUCCACAGGCAGCUUUUCUCACCUCCCAAUGCGCUCCAGCGCUUCCACCCAUGACCUUCUGUCGGCCGGCUCCUCUCCCUCCAAGGGCCAGGCCAGCACCCGAGCCGGGGUCUGGAGAGCCCCCUUCUCACAGCAGCACACACCCACUCCCUCCAUCCAGCCCAUUCGCAUCGACAUCCCGGUGACCCGGGCUGAGAUCCUCCAGCCCAACCCAGCCCUCACCACCUUCAGGCAGACAUCCGUGAAGCCCAGCCUGAAGGACUCCUCCACCAAGUUGCUGCCUCCACCUCCACUCAGAGGCCAAGCUAAACCACAGGUGAGCAUCCCCCCGACCAAACACGUCUCCUUCCAAGAGCCGACGACCCCACCGAGGCCAGAUCCUGUGAAGCGUAAAGAGGUGUGUGAUCCGUGGAGGAGGGAGGCCCAGGAGCAGCUGCUGAAGCAGCAGAGGCUUCAGGCGGUGGAGCUGCUGCAGAAGGAGGUGGAGACGCUCCAGGCUAAAGACAAGCGCUCAGCUGAGGAGACCGAGCGACUUCGCAAGCUCAACUUGGAGUGGCAGUUCCAGAAGAGGGUGAAGGAGAUACAGCAGAGGGAGGGUGAGGAGGAGGAGGAGGAGGAUGAAGAUGUGGACAUGAGGGCCAUGAUUCAGCAGCUGGAGAAACAAGCCAUGCAGAACCAGAACUGUCAGGAAGUCAAGGCUGAGUCGGCCUCUUCUCACUCCCGGGUCCAGGGAAAAGAAACAGCUCAGAAACUGGACGCACCCGGUCUGGACAGCAUGACUCCACCGGACGGAAGCCACAAGGCAUCGGCUCCGGAGAGGCUCCCGUUCAAGGAGCGCCAGCGCCUCUUUUCUCUGGCUACCAGUGCUUGAAGAAACGUUCCUGCCGGCAGAGACAACUGGUCCAGGAUGUCUGUUGAAGCGUCCCGGAGGUUUGGAUCAGCAGAAAGGAUUUAUUCUGAAGGAAGAAUUUUGAAAUGAAUGUCAAACGUGUCUCCAGAUCCCUUUGCUUUUUAUCUUCUACGUAUUAGCUGAGUGUAAACAUCUAUGUUGCUCACCUAGUUCUCUAGACAGAUAGCUAGAAAACACCAGUACCUGUUGUACUGUAACUGAUGGUGGUUGGGACUACUUGGUGCGUUGAUAGAACUGGACCACUGCCUUCUCUUGAUCGCGGGUCUCGAUGGAGCCGCUGCGCAGUCUCCGGAUCUCGUUGAUGGCGUCGAUCCCUGACAGCUUCCUGGUCUUCACCAGGUAGCAGGCCAACAUGGUGCCUGUCCUUCCAUGGCCGUGCAUGCAGUGAACCGCCACGCCCUGCAGAGGUAGCAAGGCUCAAGCCCCCGAGGAAGUCACAACAGCUCACACUGCUCUCACCUCGCCCUUGGCAUUGGCCUCAUCCACGAUGGCCAGGAAGCGGUCGAUCUGAUCGGGGGAAGGAGGAGUGAAGUCGGUUAUUUUGAUGUGAUGCAGUUGCAGCUGCGGGCAGGUGUCGUAGUAGGGGGGCUUCCUCUCGCACAGGCACACCAGAUGUUUGAUGCCACGGUCCAGCAGAUACUGGUACUCCGAGGUCAUCCUCGGGAGAGCCAGCCCCGCCACCUUCCCGUCAUCCACCCAGGAGAAGUUGUUUGGAGGAGUGGAGGCCAUCCUGGUUCCAGCAGGUCACAAGACAGACAGUUAGAUGAAGACAGUCCAGUCAGGAUUGCGUCAUUCUGCUCCUUCUGUGGUGCAGCCAUCGCCACUUGUGAUUUGAAAUAAAUGUUCAUGACUCUCAUGCACGUGGUCCAAACAGAAUUACAAUCAAACCUCAAAAACAGUUGAGUUGUCGCACGUUGGUCUGCCUUCAUAAAGAAGUCGCCGUUAUGACGUUUGAAUUCAGAAUUACAGAGCAGCGCAAAGGUCUUCAGGAUUGCGACACUGGUGUCUGUCAUUUCUGCUUCUUCAAUCAUUACUGUUUGAGAUUUGAAAUAAAUAUUCAUUCAUUAUAUCACACUCAUAACUGUCACGUACUUUGUCCAAACAGAACAACAAUGAAAGAUCAAAAACUUCUCUACCUUUAGUCGGCAUUAUGAUCUUUGAAUUCAGAAGUAUCUCCGAAUAAUAACAAUAACUAAACAAUCACUCGUGGAUCAUAAUGAAGCCGCGUAACAUUCGAUAGCUCUUUUGAAGCCGCUUUAAACUACAGCACUGAGGUUCGGACAGCUAAGUGCUAACCUAGCUUUAGCGAGUACAAACUCCGGGCGCAAACUCUGAAGGUGGCGAAGCGUCCUGUGGUGCAGAAAGUUAUGUGGACGGUUAAACCAUUCAUUCAACCCGGCUCCUUCUCUGGAGGAGAACACCCACCUGUUCCGGGGACCUUCCGCUCACUUCAGUUCACUGUGGCUGCUAGCCUUAGCUUUAGCUUCCGCUGACAGCCGGAAUACCGCGACUGUGUCCCGUCAGGUGCGAUCCGGGUGUGACCCGGUGUGACCCGGGGGUGUGAGGCGCCGAGCUGUCAGCCGAGCCUGGGUCAUGUCGGACGGGGAGCCGCAUCGCGAACAGCUGUCAGGAGGCUCGGGAGGUUCACCGGGGGGGAGAAAAAGGAGGGGCGAGGUAAGUAAAGUAGAAAAAGUAAAACAGUUUGGGACCGUAUCAGUCAAUUCUAUGCACUACCAGCUCCAAAAACAGUAGUUUAAAACGUUUUGCUUUUUUAAGACUCCGCCAGGAUUCGAACCCGCGAGUCCAGCAAACGGUGCGUUCAACGUGCACACAAUGCCUGUGACGUCACGAUUCAGUUUUGUUAUGUAGGCUGUUUAUGUUGGAUUCUGAGGUUUUUAUGCACUUAUUACUUCUGCUUUUGCUACUAUUAUAGUCAAAUUCAUGGCUGUUCAUUCCCACAAAUGGCCACACGGUGUCAGUGUGGCCAAGCGGUGUGAGGAGCUGCGCUGGAGCGGGGGAACACUUGGUGCUAACCUGCUAUGCUAACCGUGCAGUUGGGACUUGUACAUAAAAACCCGGGGACUGCAUCUCUUUAAAACACCUCUCAGUCGGACGCUGGAGGCUCAAUGUCUGUGGCGAACACCAAACACAGCGUCCUGUUCCCGGCGGCGCGUCCUUCCACUCACCCGCCUCUCCUCCUCAGGCGGUGCCGUACACGGGGCCCAUACCU